CCCAAAUACCGGUUUUAAGUAAGGCGAUGUAAACCUCUGACGAUGUACGCUAUACUUCCUUGUUAAUGUUGAGUCGUUACUACGCUCAGAAAUGUCGACGACAAAUUUAGUGAUCAACAUAUAUGUGUGUCUGAUCUUAUUCCUGAUAUUCAACACAGCUAGAUCUGAAGCUAACGUAGCGUUAGUGAUGACAGCUGAGCAGAGCAGCGAUAUUAACGUUGAUUGGAUAGCACGUAAGGUUGUGGAUGGCUGUACACAGACUACUUUAGAAUUUAACUGCUGUGCACACACGAAGAGAGAUCAAACACAGGCCUGGUGGCGUGUAGACAUGGGUGAGCUGAUGGCAAUCAAUAGGAUCACUAUAUAUUACAGAGGUGGUUUUCAACAAAGAUUUGCUGGGUAUCAGCUCUACUUGUCUAACACCACCGAUAGCCCUACACAAGGUGUCCUUUGUUAUGAGGACAAGAGUAGUACUAAAGCUCAGGUAGAGUUGUUGGUGACACAUCAGUGCCCGUAUGUAGCUCGGUUCGUGACCGUCUACAACUAUAGAAACAACCCCAAACGGUACACUUGGUAUGAUGAUUUUGCCGUUCUCGAGUUAUGUGAGGUGCAGGUAUUUGGAUGUCAGGUAGGGCAGUACGGUGAUGGUGACUGUAACAGCAGUUGCUCCGGAAACUGUUAUGGUGGUAACUGUAACUCUACAACCGGUUCCUGCUUCUACUCUUUUCCAGGAAAGUAUGGCGAUUACUGUAACAACGAUUGCUCCACGGAUUGUAAAGACAGCAUUUGUGAGAAGGACACAGGAUAUUGUGCUGAAUGCGUACCUGGUCUGUUUGGCUCCGACUGUACCCAGACCUGUCCAGUCAGCUGUAAAGACGAGUGUGGCAGAAACGCCGGAGAUUGCAAUGGUAAAGAGGAGGGCCUUGGAGUUGAAAAUAUAAGGGGCUCAAGAAUGAUUGCUGGAGAAACAUCAGCAGCCUAUGAGAAAAUACACGUACACGAUUUUCUAAGUGAUUAUCAGUUGACUAUACAUCUGGAAACUUCACCGACCACUGUGACAGGAGUUGCCCGUCCACCUGUACAACAUACGUGUGUGACGUCAUUACACGGUACUAGACAGUACCACGCACACAGACAGUUUAUAACUACCACUGCGUUAGGGAUAGUGGUCGAAUAGGGAUUGACCAUUCUGGAUAUUUUGGUUGUAUUGGUCAUCAUAUUGGUUGAAGAAUCAAGGAGACAGCAUUCCACUCAAACGACAGAUAUGUCCAAGCCUGUGAGGUCACAGAAAAUACAGAUGAUACAUAAGCCUAAACAGGAUCCCAUACCAUGACACAACCUACCGAGACGAACAGAACCGAUGGACCUUUUGAACAAUUGAAACCUCUGAACAGGAGAACCAACACAUGUCUUUUAGACUGCCUAGACGGUUGUUUAGUAAAUAUGAGGACAAAAUGUCAAGCAAAAAUCUGAAGGACGAUUGCAUACUUUGUCAAAUCGGACAGCAAUGUUAUACAUAACGAUUACAACUUUAUUGGUGUACAAAUCACAACUUUUUUCAAAACGUUGAAUGCACAUAAAAUGUGAUGCCACAUUUUUAUGACGUUAUACUCAAUGUUACGACAAUGAAGUCAUUAUCAUCCGUGAUUUAAGGAUGGUUUUUGUCUGUAUGUGAUAAAAACUGUGGAAGUAAAGAAAAAUGAAUACCCUUCAUUUUGAUUGCUCAGCCCCUUUAUUAUGAUUGGCCAAUAAUGUGUAUCUAACACACGUUGCUUAAUUUAGUAAAAAUGCACUCAGAAGAACUAGCAUGUAGUUCGAUAGCUCAUACUCAAUUGGCAGAACAACUCAUUGUAUCUUCUGUAUCCAAACGAACACAUACAUGUAGUACUUGACAGCUUGUCAAUUCCAGACGAAAGAGUCAAGUUUCCUUAAGACACUGACUCAAUAAUGCAUGUUUGUUUACGUACGUGUUCAGUUGAUUGUUUAGUAUUUUAUUCUAAUAGCGUUUUAAAUCACUUUGAUUUAGAGGUUAUGUAUGUAUGAUGUAGUAGGUCAUGUAUUCAGUGAGUCAAAGAUCCUGCCUAGUAGUUUUUAAUUAACUCAUUUCUGAUUUAUUUUAGUUUAUAUAUAUAGAAAUGACAAAAAUUCAUUAUAGUUAUUUUUUAAAAUACUCUUAUGAACAUGUUUGUAAACCUUCCUACCAUUCUAGUUAUGCAUUUCCAGACAGACCACCUUGUAUUGUCUUCACAUAUCAAAUAGUUGCUUUAAAACAAUAUCUGUAAAUCCUAUGUUUGUUAUUAUA